AUGCUGGACCUGGCAGUAUCGAGGUCGACAUCGCCGCUUAACAAAACGCAAUAUGUCACUGGCUGGAAGUCGGAGCCUGACAGCCGCGGGACAUGGACGCUUCUGUACAGCUGUCUCUUCACCCUCUUCCUUUGUGUCUACUCGGCAAUCCAUAUCAACAUUCCUGCGCGAGGAGAUUCUGGCAACGCUCAAUUCUGGCGAAAAGUCAAAUGGGUUGUGGUUGCAAUCCUUGCCCCCGAGAUUGUCCUAUACUCGGCAUGGCAGCAAUACCACCUCGCUAGCUCCUUCUGCGCCGAACUGUACAACGUCAGACUCGAACAGGCCGGGCUGCCGCCGCUGUCGACGAAGCUUUUGUGGCAGAAGCUUACAUCCAUUUCCGGCUGGCUGGAGCUGUUGAGAAAGAGUCGGGCUCCUUCGGAGAAAAGCACUUAA